CGGGCCCUCCCGGCCACGGGCAGCCCCCUGCUCUGGUCCUAGGGCCACUCCUAGCCAGAGGGCUCCCGCCGCCAUCUUCCUUCCUGGCCCGGAGGUGGGGUCCCUCCCCCAAUCCCGCCGUGAGGCCCCUUCCCUUGCUUCUGCCCGUGAGCGUCCCAUUCAGCUGCCGUGUGCAGUCCGGGUCUGACGCUUUCCUGUGCCCAGGGCCUGGAGAUCUGGGGGCGGGAAGUGCAGGUUUCUGAUAACAGGACAAAAAUUGCAGUUGUUUGAAUUGAAGCCAGCUCCACAAAACUGUCUUCACGCAAUACACAAAGCAUACAAACUGGGCUCCAUUAUGAAGGUCUUCUGUGGAAGGGCCAAUCCAACCACAGGUUCCGUGGAAUGGUUAGAGGAAGAUGAGAACUAUGACUACCAUCAGGAGAUUGCAAGAUCAUGCUAUGCAGACAUGCUGCAUGACAAAGAUAGAAACGUGAAGUAUUACCAGGGCAUCCGUGCUGCUGUAAGCAGGGUGAAAGAAAGGGGUGAAAAAGCAAUUGUCCUAGACAUUGGGACUGGCACAGGACUCCUGUCCAUGAUGGCAGUUACAGCAGGUGCAGACUUCUGCUAUGCCAUUGAGGUCUUCACUCCUAUGGCUAUUGCUGCAGUGAAGAUAGUGGAGAAAAAUGGCUUUAGUGACAAGAUCAAGGUAAUCAACAAGCACUCCACUGAAGUCACAGUUGGGCCAGAUGGAGACAUGCAGUGUCGUGCAAACAUCCUGAUAACAGAACUAUUUGAUACAGAGCUGAUAGGAGAAGGGGCUUUGCCAUCCUAUGAACAUGCCCACAAAUAUCUUGUACAGGAAGGAGGUGAAGCAGUGCCUCACAGGGCAAGAGUAUAUGCCCAGUUAGUGGAAUCCAAAAGAAUGUGGUCCUGGAACAAGCUAUUUCCUGUUCACAUCCAAGCAGAAGAUGAGGAGAAAAUUAUUGUCUUCCCUUCAGAAAUGGAGAACUGUCCUGGUGUUCCUUCUGUCUAUGAUAUCCAACUAAACCAGGUGCCUCGGAGUGACUUCACUAUCCUCAGCGAUGUUGUAACUAUGUUCAGUGUGGAUUUCAGUAAGCAAGUAAACAGCUCCUCAACCCAUUACACAGCGAAAUUGGAGUCCAUAAAAUCUGGCAUGGCACAAGUGAUCCUCUCCUGGUGGGAUGUUGACAUGGACCCCUCUGGGAUGAUAAAAUGUACUAUGGCACCAUACUGGGUACAGCCUACCUCUAAUGAUGUCCAGUGGAGAGAUCAUUGGAUGCAGUGUGUAUAUUUUCUUCCAAAUGAGGAACCAGUUCUUCAGGGUGAGAAUGUGUACCUGACUGCAUACCGUGAUGAAUAUUCCGUGUGGUAUAAGCUCCAGAAGGCCAGAAAUGAAGAGGACAAAAAAGAUGCCUAUGUUGGGAGUCCUCUUUGUAGCUGUCAGGCUCAUCUGCUUUGGAACAGGCCACGCUUUGGAGAGCUGAAUGAUCAGGACCGAACAAAUCAGUACAUCCAGGCUCUGAUGACAGUGCUGGAAAAAGACAGUAUUUGCCUCUGCAUCAGUGACGGCAGCCUGCUUCCUCUGCUGGCUUGGUAUCUUGGAGCAGAGCAGGUGUUUACAGUAGAGAACUCUGCAGUAUCCCAUUGUCUCAUGGAGAAAAUAUUUAAAGCCAACCAUGUAGGAGAUAAAAUUAAAAUAAUAGAGAAACGUCCUGAAUUACUGACGGCUUCUGAUUUGGAAGAUAAAAAGGUCUCAGUCCUCAUAGGAGAACCGUUUUUCACUACAAGCCUGUUACCAUGGCACAACCUAUACUUCCUGUAUGCUAGGACAGCUGUGGCAGCCCACCUCACAAACAGUGUCACUGUCCUGCCACAGUCUGCUUCCCUUUACAUGAUGGUCGUGGAGUUCAAGGACUUAUGGCGAAUUCGAAGCCCAUGUGGUACCUGUGAAGGGUUUGAUGUUCACAUUAUGGAUGACAUGAUUAAGUUACUUAGACUAAGACGCUUUCCAAGAACCAGCGAUGAGACGUGGCUAGUAGUGGUUAAUCCUUUGACACCAACUUUACUGGCAUGUCCCAUUACCAGUAACGAGAAUUCUCUGAAUUUUAGGGAGUCCAAGGAGGCAGAGCCUCACCCAUUGUGGGAAUACCCUUGCAAAUCACUGUCUGACCCCCAAGAGGUUAUGACAUUUGACUUCAGACUGACUGUACCACAACAUACUCUCAGCACAGAUGGCUCCGUAAAUCUGUUAAGGACUGGGAAGAGCCAUGGAGCAGUUCUGUGGAUGGAAUAUCAUCUGACUGCUGAUAUCUCCGUCAGCACAGGACUUGUGCAGAUUUCAGAUGAAAAGGGCAAUUGCAAAUGGAAUCCUCACUGCAAGCAAGCUGUCUAUUUCUUCAGUUCUGCACUUGAACCAGAAACUCUAACAGACCUCCCUAGUGCUAUCACAUACGCUAUAAAUUUUAACCCAAAGACAGGCGAGAUUGCCAUGAGUUUUAAACCAUUAUCAUAAAACAUUCUGCUUUUACUUGACACUUUCCUAAAUUAUAAUAAAUAUAUUGAGAGAUGGUGA